GUGGGUAAAUAAUUGAUAUUGCAGCUGUGGUUUCGCUAAGAUUAGACUUUUCUGCGAAUCGAAAAGAAUUUAAUUAGAUUGAACGCCCAGGCAUAACGUUGCCGAGGCAACAGGGAUGGAAAGUUGAGUCACGUGUGCCCACUUCCAACUCCUUUCCCGAUCCAGCAGGAGCCAAGUUAAGGAAAAGAAAGAAAGGGAAAAAAAAACUUUGGAAUUAAUUUAUAGAGAAGGAACGAGCCGGAGCUGUGGAAAUACAUUCAACACAGACUCCUUUCACGGUCGAAAACCAGCCGGGCGGUCUGUUGUGUUGUGGACGCGGCUUCUUAAGAAGUUUUUGGUCAAAAGUUGUCGGUAAAAACAUCUAGAAAUAAGUAAGUAUUCGUGCAGGUGGAUAGUUCCAGUUAUGUAUCCGUGUCACGGUCCGAGCUUGCUAGGGUGAGGGGAGAAGCAGGGUAUUUAGGGAGGCAUGUUCACGCUGUCGGAGCUGGCCUCUCUGAGCGAGACCCACACCACGCACCGGAUCCUGAAGCCCUGGUGGGACGUGUUCAUGGAGUACCUCGUCUUUGCCAUGCUCAUGGUCUCCAUCUUCUCUGGGACGCUGCUCAUCUCCAAUGAGCAGGUCGUGUGUCUGCCCAUGGACCAGACUGACCCUGCUAACGACAGCAGCACCCCCAACCCAACCGCUACCCCACACACUACCCCAGACACCCCUACCCCAACCCCUACCCCAGACACCAACCCUCCUAAAAACACAGCCGAUCCCCUGUCUCCUCCCGUUAAGGAAAGGGGUCGCCCCACCAACCUGGACUACCAGCAGUACGUUUACAUCAGCCAGGUGUGCUACCACAUGGCGCUGCCCUGGUACUCCCGCUACUUCCCUUACAUGGCCCUGAUCCACUCGCUCAUCCUGUUGGUCAGCAGCAACUUCUGGUUCAAGUUCCCCAAGACGUCCUCCAAGGUGGAGCACUUCAUCGGCAUCCUGGGAAAGUGCUUUGAGUCGCCCUGGACCUCCAAGGCUCUCUCCGAGACUGCCUGCGAGGACUCCUCCGAGACCAGCGGGGGCGCCAGGCAUCGCUUCUCCACCUCCUCCACUACGAGGGGCCGGUCGAGUGAGGAGUGGAGCCCCGGGACUCCACUCCUGGCCAGGGCUGGCUCUUUCCCCUCUAACCUGGGCUCCCCUCCCCAGGAGAGCCCCGUGCCGGCAGCUCCCUCCUCCACAGCGAUCCUGGACAGGAAGGACGGCGAGCAGGCCAAGGCACUCUUCGAGAAGGUGCGCAAGUUCAGGCAGCACACUGAGGACACAGACCACGUGUAUAGGGUGUACGUGUGCCAGACCGUGUUCAAGGUGUUCAAGUUCCUGCUCAUUGUGGGCUACACCUCCUCGUUCGUGGACUCCAUCUCCUUCGAGCACGUGUGCCAGCCGCAGAUCCGCUUCCUGACGGGAUACAGCCGCUUCUUCUGCACACACAGCAUGGCGUUCAUGCUGCACAAGCUGCUGCUCAGCUACGUGCUGCUGGUCAGUGUGUACGGGCUCAUCGGGGUCUACACCCUCUUCUGGAUCUUCCGCAGGUCCCUGCGGCAGUACUCCUUUGAGAAGGUGCGGGAGGAGAGCAGCAUCAGGGACGUGCCGGACGUCAGGAACGACUUUGCCUUCCUGCUGCACAUGGCGGACCAGUACGACCAGCUCUACUCCAAGCGCUUUGCCGUCUUCCUCUCGGAGGUGAGUGAGCACCGACUGCUGGAGGAGAACCUCAACCACGAGUGGGGCUACGACAAGCUGCGGCAGCACAUGAGCCGGGACGCGCUGGGUAGAGCCGAGCUGCGCCUCUCCACGCUCUCGGGCAUCCCCAAGGCAGUCUUCGAGAUGUCAGACCUCCAGGUCCUGAAGCUGGAGCUGAUCCCGGAAGCCAGGCUGCCCGCCAAGCUGUCCCAGAUGAGCUCCCUGUGCGAGCUGCACCUCUGCCACUGCCCAGCCAAGGUGGAGCCCCUGGCCUUCAGCUUCCUCCGGGACAGGCUCCGCUCCCUCCAUGUCAGGUUCACUGACGUAGGAGAAAUCCCACCCUGGGUCUACUCCCUGAGGGCCCUGGAGGAGCUGAGCCUGACCGGGAACCUGAGCUCCGACAACAACAGGGCCAUCGGGCUGGAGUCCCUGAGGGAGCUGCGCAGCCUCAAGAGUCUAAGCCUGAAGAGCAACCUGACCAAGAUCCCCUCCGGGCUGGUGGAGGUAGCGGGGCACCUGACACGGCUGUCGGUCCGGAACGACGGCACGCGGCUCCUGGUCCUCAACAAUCUGAAGCGGGCCGGGAACCUGUCAGAGCUGGAGCUCCUGCAGUGCCAGCUGGAGAGGAUUCCCCACGCUGUCUUCAGCCUGACUGGCCUGCUCUCACUGGACCUGCGUGGGAACAGCAUCCGCAGUGUGGAGGAGGUGGUCAGCCUGCAGCACCUGCGGGGUCUGGCCUGCCUGCGGCUGUGCCACAACCAAAUAGCCGCCCUGCCGCCCACCCUCUGCAUGGUGAGGAAACUGGAGCAGCUGUGUCUGUCCCACAACCUCCUGCAGAGCCUGCCCCCUGCCCUCUUCACCCUCAAGAAGCUCCGCCACCUAGACCUGGCCUACAACCUCCUGGCCACCCUCCCUGGCGAGAUCGGAGAGCUGGAGCUGCUUUCCUUCCUCUCCGUCAGCGGCAACAAGUUGGAGGCCCUGCCCGGUGAGCUGUUCCGUCGCUGCACCAGGCUGAGGACGCUCUGCCUGGCCAAUAACAGCUUGACCAGCCUUCCCCCGGAGAUCGGGCUUCUGUCCCAGCUCAGCUACCUGGACCUCAGGGGGAACGGUCUGGAGAGGCUGCCCGUGGAGGUGGGCUCCUGUGGGGCCCUGAAGAAGGAAGGGCUCCGCGUGGAGGACCGGCUGUUCAACACUCUACCCUCCGAGGCCAAGGAGCGACUGCAGCUGCUGCUGCGUUCUGAUCUCCCCACGUCACUGUGAAUCCUGGGACUGGGAGGGGAUUUGGUGGCUGUCUGUGACCCUGGUAACGGAUCGCGAGAUUACAUAGCAGGGUAACGGCAUGUCCAAACUCUUCGGGGCACAGACUCCAAGCUUCCGGAACCAAGUAAUUGUAUAUUUAGAAUUAACAAAAGGUGAAAGUUAUAGGCUUGGCUUAAUAUUUCUAUUUCACUUCGAAUCUGAUUAGAGAUUCGAUUAGCUGUGUAAAAAAUAGCUAAGGAGGGGGUUUCUGGUGGUAGCUGGUGCUGAUGCUGAUGCUGACAUGAGAACGUUCCUGUCAACUCAGAAAAAAAUUAUAGCAAGAAGAAAAUCCUAACCAAAUCCUUCGGCGCACAUUGGGAGCGUGUGCAACCAUCCUGCAGUAGUAGUGCCGGUGUCGUAGGAAAUAAGUUGAUCGCGCAAGCGCAGAAAGGCAAAAGUAGACAAAAGUAAGGCAGGGCUACAGGUUGAUUAAAGGGGAGGUUCACUGCAUGGCUUUUUAUUUUUAUCUGGCUGUUUUAUUUACUAGACUGUGUAUGUUGGUGCGUGUUCGUGCCACUGUCUUUUCGUAUGAACUUUAAAAUGUGUGAUCGACGGCUGUUUCUAUGGUAAACUGUCUUUUUAUGUUUCUAUAACAUCGUUGUCAAUCAGAUGUAGUUUAUGUGUGAUCGCGGAGAUUUAUUUAUAUAUUAAAUUAUUUUACACGUCAAAAUGUUGUCAGUCUUUAAUCAUAAUUAAAAUGUUUCAGUAAUAUAAUCUGAUGACAUGCUGCAUCCAUCAUAUUAGUAUGACAAGGUCAUAUUUUUACAUUUUAAUAUUAGUAAAGCUGUAACUUUAGUACAGUUUAGACGUGGCAAAACGUAGGCCUACACUGAGAGUUAAAAAAAAAAAUGAAUAGUAUAUACAGUACCUUGAUUUGUCUGCAUGUCUUAAGCAUUAACAUUUAUUGUUACACAUACAAUUAUGUUUAUUUAAAAAAGGUUCUAGGUUUAGGGUUGUGGUUUUUAAAUUGGGAUAGGGUGAAAAUAAUUAACCAAAAUUUUUUUUAGUAAGGAAUUGUGUCAUGGGAAUUAAAAAAAAAUCUCUCAUGUUGUUUGCACACAAUAUACAUUAACAUAAAUGCCAUAUUCUUCAUAAACGUGACAAUUGUAUUUCUUGCAGUAAUAUAUAGUAUUACUAAAGGAUAAGAUUUGUACUAUGUUAAAAAAGGACCCUGUCAAAUCCUCUUGAUAGGACAAAAACAGAAAUGAAAAACGUAUGCCAUGGUAGAUAUGAUUGCUCGUUAUGUCUUACAUGGUUGUUGCACUACAGGAAUUUACCAUUUUUAAAAUCAUGCUGAUCUACAGUAGCCUACAUAUACUGUAUGAUCUUUCUUUCUUACAAUAGCUAUCUUGGUUGGUACUGAACUACAUGUAUUUACCACGGUUUAGCAAAGACGUUAACACUUUAGUUUUUAACUAAUAAAUGUACUGUUUCUUCCCAAACUUGUAAUUGAAAUACAUGCACAAUGAUAACCAGUCUCCUGUUCGUUUUCUGUCCUAAUUAUACAAAGUACUGUAUGUAAAAAUAAAUGAAACAAAGCACAUAAUACUAAAUAAUAAUAAUACUGUAUAAGCAACACUUUUCAAGUACAUCAUCAUCAUCGCAGCAGGGAGCUCAAUUUUUUCCAUGACUGAAACUUAACUUUUGGUCAAUCGCUUGCAUACCUGCUGUCCAUACUGUAGUGCUUCCCAAAACAAAAACACCUCCAGAAAUGCAAAAUAACAUUAAUACGUAACACAUUUUGCUAGUUAACGUUUGUUACACAAACAGAAAUACACAAUCAGAAAUGUACAAUCAUACAAUUCAUUUGAAAUUAUUUGCUGCUAAUAUAUAUUACAGCGAUAUUCACAUUCCCUUAUCUAGCGUAAUACUGUCGAAUAUAUCCGAUCUACAUGUUAAUGUAAAUUAUACGUACAAAAGUCAUUUUAAAUUAUGCAUUUUUAUUAGGCUAAUAUAUCGGAUCUAAAGCGAUAUUCACAUCAUCUUAUCUAGCAGCAUGCUGCCGAAUAAAUCAGAUCUACUAAUUGAUAUAAAUUAUACUUACAAAAUUAAUUUUAAAUUAUUUAUUGUUCAUUAAUAUAUUUGAUCAACUUAUUUCCUGGGCUCGAUCUACUUAUUUCCUAGCCUAGGCUCGUUUACAUUAGAAACAACGGAACCUCCCCUUUAAAUUCUAGAGCUUGAUCAACUUAUUUCCUGGGUGACCGGGAGGAAUGUGGGUUUUUGUCAACAUUUUAAAUGAAUAUUCUUUCAGCUUGAAUUGGCUGGUAUUUUACGAUACAAGUUCUCGAUUGGUUUUGAAAUUUUUAUUCACACAUCAUAGGUAAAUCAACUAGGGAUUUCUUGUUUUUUAUUUCUUUUUUUUUUUACUAGGGAUACAGAAUUAUUCUUCUGCACAUCGCAGUGUGUCCAGUUCAGGCUCCCUCCUGCAGCAAGCUGGUGAUAAGAACAUAAGAAAGUUUACAAACGAGAGGAGGCCAUUCAGCCCAUCUUGCUCGUUUGGUUGUUAGUAGCCUAUUGAUCCCAGAAUCUCAUCAAGCAGCUUCUUGAAGGAUCCCAGGGUGUCAGCUUCAACAACAUUACUGGGGAGUUGGUUCCAGACCCUCACAAUUCUCUGUGUAAAAAAGUGCCUCCUAUUUUCUGUUCUGAAUGCCCCUUUAUCUAAUUUCCAUUUGUAACCCCUGGUCCUUGUUUCUUUUUGCAGGUCAAAGAAGUCCCCUGGCUCGACAUUGUCUAUACCUUUUAGGAUUUUGAAUGUUUGAAUCAGAUCGCCGCAUAGUCUUCUUUGUUCAAGACUGAAUAGAUUCAAUUCUUUUAGCCUCUCUGCAUAUGACAUGCCUUUUAAACCCGGGAUAAUUCUGGUUGCUCUUCUUUGCACUCUUUCUAGAGCAGCAAUAUCCUUUUUGUAACGAGGUGACCAGAACUGAACACAAUAUUCUAGGUGAGGUCUUACUAAUGCAUUGUAGUUUUAACAUUACUUCCCUUGAUUUAAAUUCAACACUCCUCACAAUAUAUUCGAGCAUUUUGUUGGCCUUUUUUAUAGCUUCCCCACAUUGUCUAGAUGAAGACAUUUCUGAGUCAACAUAAACUCCUAGGUCUUUUUCAUAGUUCCCUUCUUCAAUUUCAGUAUCUCCCAUAUGAUAUUUAUAAUGCACAUUUUUAUUGCCUGCAUGCAAUACUUUACACUUUUCUCUAUUAAAUUUCGUUUGCCAUGUGUCUGCCCAGUUCUGAAUGCUGUCUAGAUCAUUUUAAAUGACCUUGCUGCAACAGUGUUUGCCACUCCUCCUGUUUUUGUGUCGUUUGCAAAUGUAACAAGUUUGCUUACUAUACCAGAAUCUAAAUCAUUAAUGUAGAUUAGGAAUAGCAGAGGACCUAAUACUGAUCCCUGUGGUACACCACUGGUUACCUCGCUCCAUUUUGAGGUUUCUCCUCUAAUCAGUACUUUCUGUUUUCUACAUGUUAACCACUCCCUAAUCCAUGUGCAUGCAUUUCCUUGAAUCCCUACUGAGUUCAGUUUGAGAAUUAAUCUUUUAUGCAGGACUUUGUCAAAAGCUUUCUGGAAAUCUAAAUAAACCAUGUUGUAUGCUUUGCAAUUAUCCAUUUUCAAUGUUGCAUCCUCAAAAAAAAGUCAAGCAGGUUAGUUAGACACAAUCUCCCUUUCCUAAAACCAUGCUGGCUCCCAGGAUAUUGUUACCAUAUAGGUAAUUUUCCAUUUUGGAUCUUAUUACAGUUUCCAUAAGUUUACAUAUAAUAGAAGUCAGGCUUAUUGGUCUGUAGUUACCUGGUUCGGUUUUAUCUCCCUUUUUGUGGAUCGGUAUUACGUUUGCUAUUUUCCAGUCUGUCGGUACAACCCCUGUGUCAAGAGACUGUUGCAUGAUCUUGCUUAGCGGGUUUGUAAAUAACUUCUUUCAUUUCUUUGAGUACUAUUGGGAGGAUCUCAUCUGGCCCAGGGGAUUUGUUUAUUUUAAGAGCUCCUAGUCCCUUUAACACUUCUGCCUCUGUUAUGCUAAAGUUAUUUAAAACUGGAUAGGAACAGGUUGACAUGUCGGGCAUGUUGUCCGUGUCCUCCUUUGUAAAAACCUGUGAAAAGUAAUCAUUUAAUAUAUUUGCUAUUUUUUUUUUUCUUCGUCUAUGAUUUUGCCAUUUGUGUCUCAUUUAACCUCCUCUUUGAAUGUUCUCUUGCUGUUAUAAUAUUGGAAAAACAUUUUGGAAUUGGUUUUAACCCCCUUAAAUAUUGAUAUUGAUAUUUCUAUCUCUCUCUUUGCCUUUCUAACUUCCUUUUUGACUUGUGUUUGCAGUUCCAAGUACUCUUUCUGUGUACUUUGUUUUUUGGUCCCUUUUAAACACUCUGUAAAGUGCCUUUUUUCAUUGAAUAUUUGUUUUAAUUGAUCUAUUAAACCAUUUUGGCCAUUUUGUUUUAGAUUUAGAUUUGUCUACUUUUGGGAUGUAAUUGUUUUGUGCCUCUAGUACUACAUUUUUAAAAAACAGCCAUCCUUUUUCUGUAGAUGUUUUCUCUAUUUUACUCCAAUCUACUUCUGUUAGUCUCUGUUUCAUACCUUUGUAGUUUGCUUUUCUAAAAUUGUAAACCUUAGCUUUAGUCAUUACUUUUGGGGUUUUAAAAAAUACUUCAAAUGAGACCAUGUUGUGGUCUGAGUUUGCCAGUGGCUCUCUGACCUCUGUUUUAGUUAUUCUGUCUUUGUUAUUUGAAAAGACAAAAAAAUCAAGGCAUGCCUCCCCUCUAGUCGGUGCCUUGACAAAUUGCGUUAGGAAGCAGAAGCCAUUUUAUACAGGAGAAGUUGAAAUCCCCCAUUGUAUAACAGAUUAUUUUGCUCAGCGUCUGAAUUUGGCGGUCUAUAGCAUGCUCCUAUUAUUAUGCCCUUUGAAUUUUUGUCCAUUGUUCUGACCCAUAUUGAUUCUGCAUUGUUUUCUUUGUCCUGAUUUAACACCUGGGCUUCAAGACUAUUUCUUAUGUAUAGCGCUACCCCUCCGCCUCUUCUGUCCUGCCUGUCUUUCCUAUACAGUGUGUACCUACUAAUAUUAUAUUCGUCUCCAUCACUCUCAGACAACCAAGUUUCUGUAACACCUAUCGCAUCGUAGUUACUUGUUAGUGCAGUAGCUUCAAGUUCUAACAUUUUGUUUCUGAGACUUCUAGCAUUAAGAUAAAUACAUUUAAUAGUGGUCUUACCUGAGUUGUUGCCCUUGAUUUGAUGUAGUCUCCCUUCUGUUUUUUUUUUUUGUUUUCUCCCCCCUUCCUUUCUAGUUUAAAUGCUUCUGGACCUCUUCAAGGAUCCUUUCUCCAAGUAGAUUGGUUCCCUUUCUGUUUAAGUGCAGUCCGUCCCACCUAUAUAGAUAGUCCUUGUUGUAGAAUGUGCUCCAAUGUUCAAGAAAGGUGAAGCCUUCCUGUGUGCACCACGAUUUCAGCCAUGCAUUUUGAUUUUGUAUUUCCAGCUGUCCAUAUGGUCCUUUGCAAGGUGCCGGCAGUAUCCCUGAAAACACCACAGUUUUGGUCUUGUCUUUUAAUUUCCUUCCUAGCUCUCUGAAUUUGUUUUGCAGGGAUCUUGGUCUGUAUCUUCCAAUGUUGUUUGUACCGAUGUGGAUGACUACUACCGGGUCGUCUCCUGUUCGUUCCAGGAGUCUGUCCACAUUCUCAGUGAUGUGCUUGACUGAGGCUCCUGGAAGGCAGCACACUGUUGUAGUAAGGGGGUCCAAACUGCGAACUGAACUUGCUGUGUUUCUCAAUAUGGAGUCCCAACAAUCAUGACCUCCCUUCUUUUUGCAUGAGACAUGAGUGGCGUAUUGCGGGAACAGAAAGCCAGCAGGAGGGAGUGUGAUCUGGAUACACUGUGAUCCUUGAGAUCCACUGAGAUUUUCAUCUCCUGGCAAACACUCACGAGGAAAUGUGGAAAAACGUAUUGCCCAGUUGAUCACCCAUAAUGUGUGAUUAAAAAUGUCAAAAGAGUUGACAAUAUGUUUGUUGAACAUGGGACACAGCAAAGGUACAGUGUUGUGUUUCUUGUAAACCUUGCCGGGUGUUGUAACAAAUGUGAACCCUUUGUAAUAAUGUGGUGUUUUAUAAUUCUGUACAGUAGCUCUUGAGUUUAAUGGGAUUUGGUUUUUGUGGUAAUGUUCAAGGCUGCUGUUGCUGGAAACGUUGGCAACAAUUUAGAAAAGCAAAAAGCAUUGACAAAUUGAUUGAGGGUUUGACACAUUCUGUGGGUUUUCUUGUUAUUUGCUAUUUUGUUCAUGCAUGCUCUUACUUCUGAUCCACCCCUGAAGAAUGCUGUGCUCUACGGAGCUCCCAGCCAGGUGUAUGAACUCUUCCUGGCACACUAACAGAGCUCCCAGUCAGGUGAAUGAACCCUCCCUGGCACACUGACAGAGCGCACAGCUUCCCCUUGGCUCAGUCAAUGUGUUGUUUCCAGCAGUCUAAAACAGGAUUCCCAGGUUCAUCUUUUUAACCAAAAUAGCCCCGUCAUUAAAGGAUCUUACUGUGCAUCAUACUGGACCAUGACAUCGUGACCUGCAUACCUCACUGCACACUGUCAUCAGUCUAUUAUCACCCCCCUGCACAGACCUCACUGCACACUGUGUCAUCAGUCUAUUAUCACCCCCCUGCACAGACCUCAUUGCACACUGUGUCAUCAGUCUAUUAUCACCCCCCUGCACAGACCUCACUGCACACUGUGUCAUCAGUCUAUUAUCACCCCCCUGCACAGACCUCAUUGCACACUGUGUCAUCAGUCUAUUAUCACCCCCCUGCACAGACCUCACUGCACACUGUGUCAUCAGUCUGUUAUCACACCCCCUGCACAGACCUCACUGCACACUGUGUCAUCAGUCUAUUAUCACCCCCCUGCACAGACCUCACUGCACACUGUGUCAUCAGUCUGUUAUCACACCCCCUGCACAGACCUCACUGCACACUGUGUCAUCAGUCUAUUAUCACCCCCCUGCACAGACCUCAUUGCACACUGUGUCAUCAGUCUAUUAUCACCCCCCUGCACAGACCUCACUGCACACUGUGUCAUCAGUCUGUUAUCACCCCCUUGAUAAAAGCAGCACUUCCAGCUCUAGCCCCCCUCCCCCACCCGGCCCUAGCAGGAUUAGCAUUUCAAUGGUCUCCUAGCAGCAGCAGACAGAUCUGCAGGCUGGGCAGCUCCGGUGUUUGAGUCAACAGAUCUCAAACAAAGAAGCUCCUCCGUGGGGUGCCAAGAUGGGAGUCAUUGAUGUGCUGCAGUGCACUUGAGCACAAGUUCAAAUAAAACUAAAGCAUGCAGAUAGGGACGAGGUGGGCGGCUUUGCAUUCAAGUUCAAGCUGUUACAAAAACACGUUUUGGGUUUUUUCAACUGAAAAUCGAAGCAGAAUCUGUCUAAUCCAGCAUCGAUUGAAACCAAAAAAUUGUGCCAGAUUACAUAGUGUGCUGGAUUACAGAGGUACUGCGAAAUCUAAUACCGUACCCCCCCAAAAAAUAUAUAGCAUAAAUGACAAACUAUUUGAAAAACUCUUAUUACAGUACAUGCAGUAGAGGUACAGUCCAGGGAUACCCAGUAAUGCAAGCAUUGUAUUCAUUUUUAUUUCUCUUUCUCCAUGCAACAUAUUCGAUUUAUAUAUUUAGAAAGAAGAACCACAUGACUCUGUGCCGGACUGCACAGUCAGAUUCGCAUUGGUUUUAAGUAAACAAGACUUACAAAUCAUGCCGGAUUCCAGCCUGUACAGGUUCAUGGACGGAGGGAGGAUCACUCCAUGCCUUUCAAUAGGGAUUUGGUUGGGACCCCACAAUUAUGCAGUGUAUAGAGGGGCUGGAUCAGACAGAUUUUACAGUAUGUUGUAAGAAUGUUUAUGGAGCCGAGCUGUAUGUCUAACCAUUCUUACUCUCUGCGGGGACAUUGUUGUAGAAGACUGUACUACAGAAUACAUGUCGGCAGAACAGCGCUUUUUCUGUGUGACGGAUAACACAAGGAUUCUAUACAUUUUUAUUUACAGGCACUUAAAUGGUGCCGAAUAACAAAAUGAAGCACUGCUAUACGAUGUAACUGAAUGUUGUUUAGGUGUUGUGUGCUGUGGUGUUAGUAUUAAAUAACCACUCACACAGUUAACAUUAUUUUUUAUUAGCUGGUACUUAAUAGUGGCACCAUGAUGAAAAUAUGCAGUAUUAAGAGACUUCCAAACCAAACUAAUCAUGACAUCCCAAUCUGGUUUAAAAUCCAGGAGUUUAAAACUUCUUUUAGCACAGUAAAAAUCUUUAGGGAAAAAUAUCACAGGAAGGUAUUUAUUAUUUACUGUUUAAAAUCUUUAAACUAAAACUUGAAAGGGAGAAAAUUGUCCCAAUGUUGUUUUUACAACUAACCAAUAACAAACUGUGCCAACCUGCUGCUGGAGAUUGUUGGACUUUUAUAACAUUGUUGUUGUUUUUACAGAUUUUGCAAUCAAUUGAAAAUAAUGUUUUAGAGAUGUGAUUGUCAUAUAACAGUGACCAUCAGAGGGCCCCCCCCCCUCUCUCUCUUCUACCAGCAUUCUGAAUCACAGAAAUCAAACCCAGUGGCCUGUCUGGAUCUUACAGUGGAGCAGGGUUUGUUGAAUGAUCAGGGAAUCUAUUAUGGAUUAUCAUCUGAAAAGUGAUCACAGUUGUCAUUGAAUGGAUGUUUCUCACAAGCUAUUCAAAGUCUGUUUUGAAGAAUUGAAUGGGGUUUGCUUUUGCUACAUGUUCAAGGUUGCUGUUUGCUGACAGCAGUCUAGAAAAGCAUUCAUCUAUUCCAGCAGAGCAUAGAUAUUUAAAUAAGUGUCUCAUUUCCACAAACUGCACAAACACAACUGAGAUGGCAUCGGAAGUUCUCUCUAAAAACAUUACAAGCUCUUUGAAAACAUUAAAUGUUGCACAGAUUUAAAAUAAUAAAUCUGACCCAGUGUUUAAUAAGUGUUUAAGAGGUGUAAUAGGUGUUUAUCGUUCGAAAUAGUGUUUUACCCACACAGGCAGUAUUAAAGGUAACAAAGUGAAAAAUACCUCUAAUAAUAUCAUUUUUAUAAUGGUUUUAUUAUGUGUACUUUGCAAACAGCAAUAAGCACUUUAAACUCUGUUAUAGCAAGGUGCCAGUCUCUUUAAACUGUGUUAUAGCAAGGUGCCAGUCUCUUUAAACUCUGUUAUAGCAAGGUGCCAGUCUCUUUAAACUCUGUUAUAGCAAGGUGCCAGUCUCUUUGAACUGUGUUAUAGCAAGGUGCCAGUCUCUUUGAACUCCGUUAUAGCAAGGUGCCAGUCUCUUUGAACUGUGUUAUAGCAAGGUGCCAGUCUCUUUAAACUCUGUUAUAGCAAGGUGCCAGUCUCUUUAAACUGUGUUAUAGCAAGGUGCCAGUCUCUUUGAACUGUGUUAUAGCAAGGUGCCAGUCUCUUUAAACUCUGUUAUAGCAAGGUGCCAAUCUCUUUAAACUCUGUUAUAGCAAGGUGCCAGUCUCUUUGAACUGUGUUAUAGCAAGGUGCCAGUCUCUUUAAACUCUGUUAUAGCAAGGUGCCAAUCUCUUUAAACUCUGUUAUAGCAAGGUGCCAGUCUCUUUGAACUGUGUUAUAGCAAGGUGCCAGUCUCUUUAAACUCUGUUAUAGCAAGGUGCCAGUCUCUUUAAACUCUGUUAUAGCAAGGUGCCAGUCUCUUUAAACUCUGUUAUAGCAAGGUGCCAGUCUCUUUGAACUGUGUUAUAGCAAGGUGCCAGUCUCUUUAAACUCUGUUAUAGCAAGGUGCCAAUCUCUUUAAACACUGUUAUAGCAAGGUGCCAGUCUCUUUGAACUGUGUUAUAGCAAGGUGCCAGUCUCUUUAAACUCUGUUAUAGCAAGGUGCCAGUCUCUUUAAACUCUGUUAUAGCAAGGUGCCAGUCUCUUUAAACUCUGUUAUAGCAAGGUGCCAGUCUCUUUGAACUGUGUUAUAGCAAGGUGCCAGUCUCUUUGAACUCCGUUAUAGCAAGGUGCCAGUCUCUUUGAACUGUGUUAUAGCAAGGUGCCAGUCUCUUUAAACUCUGUUAUAGCAAGGUGCCAGUCUCUUUAAACUGUGUUAUAGCAAGGUGCCAGUCUCUUUGAACUGUGUUAUAGCAAGGUGCCAGUCUCUUUAAACUCUGUUAUAGCAAGGUGCCAAUCUCUUUAAACUAUGUUAUAGCAAGGUGCCAGUCUCAUUGAACUGUGUUAUAGCAAGGUGCCAGUCUCUUUAAACUCUGUUAUAGCAAGGUGCCAAUCUCUUUAAACUCUGUUAUAGCAAGGUGCCAGUCUCUUUGAACUGUGUUAUAGCAAGGUGCCAGUCUCUUUGAACUGUCUAACUGUCCACUAAUGUAGGACGGUGGCGUCUAAUCUACAGUAUGGCCAAAAGUUUAGCAUCCCCCCUUAUAGACUUAACACAUUUUCCUUCAUAAAGUCAAAUGAAACCUGCUGAAUAAUGUUACGUUAACAUAUUGAAUUACAUACCACUUUGUAGUUUUCAAUACUUAAUGAAAAGCUGACAGAAAUUGAAAAAUAUUACAUUUCAAAAUCUAACAUGACAUACUGUACUACUAUUAUGGCUUCUGGUAGAUUUGUGCAAUAUAAUUUUGUCAUUUCUUUGAUUACAUGAUGUUAAAUAAAAUAUCUAAAUUAUG